AUGUCGAAAGUGCUAUCGGCACUAGGUGGUGCUCUGCCAGAUGAGAGGCCACUGCUAUCUCUCCAAAUAGUGGAGAGUGUAGCAAAGUGUCCAGCAGGAUACUGGCCAGUGAGCAGGACAUACGAUGAAGAUGCAGAUGCAGGAUUACUCCGCCAGUCUGGCCUAUUUGGCAAGAAGCCCAGCCAUUACAUAUGCUUAUCUAAGUCUGAGGGAGUGCCUGGAUAUGUGAUGGACGGGGUGUUAGUGCUGGGCGAGCGUGAAGCCACGCCGGCGGGGUACAGCGUGGCGGGAAGGGCGGGCAAGCGGCGUCUCUGCACGCAUGUGUCGAGGCAAGCGCCGGCAGCCGCGCCGCCGGUCACCGACGUCAUCGUGUGCUCCAAGAUGCGCUCCGCCCCGAAAGGGUUCGUGUUGGCUGGGGAGAUCAACGGCAAAGUAGUAUGUUACAAAGUGAGCGGCGGCAGUUCGGACACGUCGCCCACGCACGCGCCCAACGAAUACGAGAACGUCGUCACCAACCUCACGCCUGAAGCCGCGAGAAGAUUGAAGCCUGCGCCAGAGCGACCACCAAAGCUUUCUCCGCUAAUAGCCGAAUUAAGUAUAGAGGAGUUCACAUCCGACCACGACUAUGAAGCCCUAAGCCCUUCUUACAACCUGAAGCCGGCGAGACCGGCGCCCCGGCCGCCCUCAGCGAAGUCGCCGGUCCCUCACAACAGUCCCGGACCGAAGUCACCGCCGGCGGUCGGAAGGAAGAAGGGGCCCGCUCCUUUGCCAAAAGUCUCAAACUACCAAACUCUAGGCGGAUAUAACGGGAUGGAAGGCGUUCCGUUGGUUCUAAAUCCGAAGUUGAGAGGACUUCCGAGUGAUACUCUGGCACAACUACCAAUAAUAAAACAACGCACUCGCUUCGACCUCGACCGCGACUACGCCUACAAUUUCGCCGUCGAGCGUCAGACG